AUGUCCCUCCUUCGUUCUGUCCCCGACUCUUGUGAGCUUGGUGAUGGAACCCCAGUUAUUAGUUGGAUUGCUGAUAUUGAGUGCCCCAGUAUUGAUACAGGAAGGUCUGGACAUGAAUCAGAAACAAUUCUUGAACCUUGUUUCAAGUACAAAAUGCUAGAUGCUGGAAAGUCAUUGUGCUCCCUGUUGAAGAUGGUUUUUGUUGCUUUUCCUCUUGAAGCAACUAGUACACCACAAGAUGUGAAGCUGUUGUAUCAGAAAGUUGAGGAACUCAUACAAAAGCACCUUGCCGCACUUACAGCUCCUCAGACAUCAGGCGAAGAUAAUUCUGCGAACAUGAUUAGUUUUGUACUGUACAUUAUUAAGACAUUGUCAGAGGUGCAGAAGAAUUUCAUUGAUCCAAAUAAUUUGGUUCGUGUCCUUCAGCGCCUGGCACGGGAUAUGGGAUUGGCAACUGGUUCUUAUAUGAGACAAGGUCAAAGAUCAGAUUCAGAUUCGGCAGUCACUUCUUCUCGUCAAGUUGCUGAUGCUGGAGUUGUCAUUGCUAAUCUUACAUUCAUAUUGAAGCUUAUUAGUGAAAGGAUCAUGCUUGUUCCAGAUUGCAAACGAUCUGUGACUCAAAUUAUGAAUUCCCUGCUCUCUGAGCAUGGCACUGACCCUUCUGUGCUUCUCUGCAUCCUUGAUGUGGUAAAGGGGUGGAUCGAAGAUGAUUUUGGUGGGCCUGGAAUGCCUGUUGCUUCCAGUACUUUCCUCACCCCAAAGGAAGUCGUUUCUUUCCUUCAGAAGCUUUCACAAGUGGAUAAGCAGAACUUUUCCCCCAAUGUUCUAGAGGAGUGGGACAAGAAAUAUCUUCAGCUUCUUUAUGGGCUUUGUGCUGAUUCAGAUAAAUACCCUGUGUUACUACACCAAGAAGUGUUUCAGAAAGUAGAGCUGCAAUAUUUGCUUGGUUUAAGGGCCAAGGAUCCUGAAAUCCGUAUGAAGUUCUUCACCCUUUAUCAUGUAUCUCUUGGGAAGACACUGUUCAUACGAUUGCAAUAUAUUAUUCAAAUUCAGGAAUGGGAGGCUUUGAGUGAUGUAUUUUGGCUCAAACAAGGCCUUGAUCUUCUUCUUGCCAUUUUAGUCGAUGAUAAGCCUAUCACCCUUGCUCCAAACUCUGCCAAGGUUCCACCACUUGUGAUGCCAGGUUCUCUUCCUGAUUGUUCUGGGGUGCAGCCCAUGGUUACCGAUAUUUCAGAAGCGGCAGAUGAGGCUCCUCUAACAUUUGAUAGCCUUGUAUUAAAGCAUGCACAGUUUCUGAAUGCUAUGAGCAAACUUCAGGUUGCUGAUCUGGUCAUUCCACUGAGAGAGCUGGCUCAUACGGAUUCAAAUGUUGCGUAUAAUUUGUGGGUGUUGGUCUUCCCCAUUGUCUGGGUGAGUUUACACAAGGACGAACAAGUAGCACUUGCUAAGCCAAUGAUAACUCUCUUAUCAAAAGAUUAUCACAAGAAGCAGCAGGCACACCGGCCAAAUGUUGUGCAGGCUCUUUUGGAAGGACUUCAGUCAAGCCUCCCUCAGCCUCGAAUGCCUAGUGAACUCAUCAAAUACAUUGGAAAGACUUACAAUGCAUGGCACAUCGCAUUAGCUCUGCUGGAAAGCCAUGUAAUGUUGUCCUUGAAUGACUCAAAGUGCUCUGAGUCUUUGGCUGAGCUUUAUCGUUUGCUCAAUGAAGAAGAUAUGAGGUGUGGAUUGUGGAAGAAACGGUCAAUUACUGCAGAAACAAGGGCUGGGCUUUCACUUGUUCAGCAUGGUUACUGGCAGCGGGCUCAAAGCCUCUUUUACCAAGCCAUGGUUAAGGCAACCCAGGGCACAUACAACAACACAGUACCAAAGGCUGAGAUGUGUCUCUGGGAGGAGCAGUGGCUCUAUUGUGCUAGUCAACUAAGUCAGUGGGAUGUUUUAGUAGACUUUGGAAAACUUGUUGAGAAUUAUGAAAUAUUGCUUGAUAGUCUUUGGAAACAGCCAGAUUGGGCAUAUCUGAAAGAUCAGGUAAUUCCAAAGGCCCAAGUAGAAGAGACUCCAAAACUUCGUAUAAUCCAAGCCUAUUUUGCUCUUCAUGAAAAGAAUACAAAUGGCGUGGUGGAUGCUGAAAACAUGGUGGGAAAAGGUGUUGAUCUUGCUUUGGAACAGUGGUGGCAAUUGCCUGAAAUGUCUGUUCAUGCCAGAAUUCCUCUUUUGCAGCAGUUCCAACAGCUAGUUGAAGUUCAAGAAUCGGCCAGAAUCAUAGUGGAUAUUGCCAAUGGAAGCAAACUUUCUGGAAGUUCCGUUGGCGGUGUAAAUGGUGUGUAUGCCGAUCUCAAGGACAUCCUUGAGACCUGGAGACUAAGAACUCCAAAUGAAUGGGACAAUUCAUCUGUUUGGUAUGAUUUGCUCCAAUGGAGGAAUGAAAUGUAUAAUGCAGUCAUUGAUGCUUUUAAGGAUUUUGGCACCACAAAUUCACAACUUCAUCACCUCGGUUACCGUGACAAAGCAUGGAAUGUCAAUAAGCUUGCCCACAUUGCUCGGAAGCAGUGCCUGUAUGAUGUUUGUGUGUCUGUGCUGGAGAAGAUGUAUGGGCACUCAACGAUGGAAGUGCAGGAGGCCUUUGUUAAAAUAAGAGAACAAGCAAAGGCUUAUCUAGAAAUGAAGGGAGAACUUACCAGUGGUCUUAGCCUGAUCAACAGUACCAAUCUGGAAUAUUUUCCUGUUAAACAUAAAGCAGAGAUUUUUCGUAUUAAGGGUGAUUUCUUGAUGAAGCUAAAUGAUUGCGAAGGUGCCAAUCUUGCAUAUUCAAAUGCCAUAAGCCUCUUCAAAAACUUGCCUAAAGGAUGGAUUAGCUGGGGAAACUAUUGUGACAUGGCUUACUCAGAAACCAAUGAAGAGAUUUGGUUAAUAAAUUCUGUGAGCUGCUUUCUUCAAGGUAUCAAAUUUGGAAUUUCGAAUGCGAGAAGCCACCUAGCUCGUGUUCUAUAUCUUCUAAGCUUUGAUACUCCCAAUGAACCCGUGGGGAGAGCUUUUGAUAAGUACUUGGACCAGAUACCACAUUGGGUUUGGCUUUCUUGGAUUCCCCAGCUCUUGCUUUCCUUGCAGAGAGCUGAAGCUCCUCAUUGCAAACUUGUUCUUCUUAAAAUUGCCAAUGUGUACCCACAGGCAUUGUACUACUGGCUGCGCACAUAUUUGCUCGAACGUCGUGAUGUUGCAAAUAAGUCUGAAUUUGGAAGAUUGGCAAUGGCUCAGCAAAGAAUGCAGCAGAAUGUCUCUGGUGCUGGUGCUCCUGGCUCUAUUGGCUUGGCUGAUGGGAAUACAAGAGUGGCUGGUCAGGGUGGGGUUUCUUUAGCUGACAAUCAAGUUCAUCAAGGAGGUCAACCUGGUGGUGGUGUAGGAUCUCACGAUGGUNGGAACUCUUACAAUCAGGAAGUUGCACCUGAUCAUACAAUAAAACUAGAUAGGAUUGGAGCUGAUAUUCCGAUUGUGAGAAGACAUGGAAGCAGUUUCCGGCGCUUGACUCUAAUUGGCUCAGAUGGCUCCCAGCGCUAUUUUAUUGUCCAGACAUCUUUGACUCCCAACGCUAGAAGUGAUGAACGCAUAUUACAGCUUUUCCGCGUCAUGAACCGAAUGUUUGAUAAACACAAGGAAUCCAGACGUCGCCACAUAUGCAUUCACACUCCAAUCAUCAUCCCUGUGUGGUCACAGGUCCGCAUGGUGGAAGAUGAUUUGAUGUACAGCACCUUCCUUGAGGUAUAUGAGAACCAUUGUGCAAGGAAUGACCGAGAGGCAGACUUACCUAUUACCUAUUUUAAGGAGCAACUGAACCAAGCUAUUUCUGGCCAGAUAUCACAAGAAGCUGUAAUGGAUCUCCGUCUCCAAGCUUAUAAUGACAUUACGAAAAAUGUUGUGACCGACAGCAUAUUCUCGCAGUACAUGAAGAAGACUCUGCUGAGUGGAAAUCAUAUGUGGGCUUUCAAAAAGCAGUUUGCCAUCCAGUUGGCCCUCUCAAGUUUCAUGUCAUAUAUGCUUCAGAUUGGGGGGAGGUCUCCAAACAAGAUAUUAUUUGCUAAGAACACUGGGAAAAUAUUCCAGACAGAUUUCCAUCCUGCAUAUGAUGCUAAUGGAAUGAUCGAGUUUAAUGAACCGGUGCCUUUCCGCUUGACAAGGAAUUUACAGGCAUUCUUCUCCCAUUUCGGUGUGGAAGGCCUUAUUGUGUCGGCCAUGUGUGCGGCAUCACAGGCUGUGGUCUCACCUAAACAAAGUCAGCAUUUAUGGCAUCAUCUAGCUAUGUUUUUCCGCGAUGAGCUAUUAUCUUGGUCUUGGAGAAGACCCCUUGGCAUGCCUCUGGCCCCUAUUAGUUUGAACCCUGUUGACUUCAAAAAGAAGGUCACCACAAAUGUCGACCAUGUUAUUGCUCGGAUCAAGGGAAUAGCCCCACAGUACAUCUCUGAAGAGACAGAUUUCCAUCCUGCAUAUGAUGCUAAUGGAAUGAUUGAGUUUAAUGAACCGGUGCCUUUCCGCUUGACAAGGAAUUUACAGGCAUUCUUCUCCCAUUUCGGUGUGGAAGGCCUUAUUGUGUCGGCCAUGUGUGCGGCAUCACAGGCUGUGGUCUCACCUAAACAAAGUCAGCAUUUAUGGCAUCAUCUAGCUAUGUUUUUCCGCGAUGAGCUAUUAUCUUGGUCUUGGAGAAGACCCCUUGGCAUGCCUCUGGCCCCUGUUAGUUUGAACCCUGUUGACUUCAAAAAGAAGGUCACCACAAAUGUCGACCAUGUUAUUGCUCGGAUCAAGGGAAUAGCCCCACAGUACAUCUCUGAAGAGGAGGAGAAUGCUGUGGACCCGCCUCAGUCUGUGCAGAGGGGUGUGACCGAGUUAGUUGAAGCCGCACUGACUCCCAGAAACUUGUGCAUGAUGGAUCCAACAUGGCAUCCCUGGUUUUAG